GUAUUGUUGGUUGUUGGAUGUCAAACUAGUAUGGAAACCAAAAAAUACAAAAACUUCUGAUUGCAUUCGAAAUUAACAUUUUAUCUCCUGAUAUCAAACAAAUUAAUUUGACCUCAGACCUUAUGAUUUAAUAUCUUACUGCACUUUUGACAUUUAAAUUCGAACCUUGGACUAAUGUGGAUAUACAAGUUUACAGUUAUUUGUCGCAUUUCGAUUUGUAAUGUUAAUGCUGACUGAAGAAUGUUAGAAGUCUUACAAAUGUUCUUAUUUUUAUUCAAAUCGAAGUAUCGACGAAAAUCCUUCCAAUGGACCUUUAUGUGCUGUGCAAUCUUAGUCAUCUUAGAAAUUGCUGAUUUGGUUCAUGCUAAAUGUCAGGACACUAACUGUAAUGGAAAUGGGGUAUGCAGAAAUGAUACUUGUGUUUGUUAUGAUGGGUGGCAAGGGCCCCAGUGUCAGUUUUGUGGCGGGAAAGUAAGACUUGGAGCCUCUACAGGGUUAAUAUACGAUGGCCUAGGAAAUUACUCCAUAAAUGUAAAAUGUAGCUGGUUAAUUGAUGCACCAAACUCUUCAAUUACUCUCCAUUUGGAUGAAUUCGCCACCGAAUGUGGUUGGGAUCACCUUUACAUAUUUGAUGGUGACAGUGUGGCCUCUCCAUUGCUUGGUGUAUUUAGCGGCCUCAUGUACAAAGAUGGUUACAGUAUCCGAAGAAUUCCCGAAGUAGUAGCCAGCAGUGGCUCAGCUUUGGUGCAUUUUUUCAGUGAUGAUGCCUUCAACAUGUCAGGUUUCAAUAUAAGUUAUAGACUGAAUGCCUGUCCUUCAAAUGUAGCUGGGGUUGAUUGCUCCGGAAAUGGUGCUUGUAUAGAUGGACAAUGCACUUGCGAUGGUUAUUAUGGAGGAGUUGCUUGCCAUUUAGAAAAAUGCCCAAAUAAUUGUGGUAAAUCCAAAGGUAGAGGCAGAUGUGACCAAAAUGGCUGCAUCUGUAACUCGGAUUAUAAAGGAUAUGAUUGCAGUCAGUUGAAGGUCAAUGGUUAUUGGGAAACAAUAUCUGUUCCCAGUUUUGUUCCUCCAGGCUCUGCCUCACACGGAGCUGUUGUCUGGAAAGAUUCUAUGUAUGUGACAACAGGAGAGAGCUACGGCAGAGGAACAAUGCUGUAUGUUUAUGACUUCAAUGGUAAUGUGUGGGAAAAACCUCAGAUAGCAACCAAUCCUUCACCACGAUAUGGUCACUCAACUGUUAUCUACGGAGAUAAGAUAUUUUUAUAUGGUGGAAUCCUUGGUAAUAGGGGAGUGACCUCUGAAAUUUGGGCAUUUGACAUCAGUGCCAAAACUUGGGAGAACAUAACAGUGAAAUCAUUAUCUUGCAAUGACAGUUACUUUAUGUGUGGCCCUCUGAAACUAGCCGGUCAUACAGCAACUGUUGUAACGAAUAUUGACAAUAAAAAAGCUGAUAGGAUGAUUGUAAUUUUCGGAUAUUCGUCCAGUUAUGGUUAUUUGAAUACAGUUCAAGAAUAUUAUUUUGGAGAAAGAGAAUGGUACAUUGUGAACACAAGAGGUUUUCCUGUUAAGGGAGGCUAUGGACAUUCCGCAGCUUGGGAUUCGUUAACAUCGAAAAUAUAUGUGUAUGGGGGUAUAGUUUCAGAAAGCGACACUGCACAGACCCUGAGCCGUCAUCUUUAUUCGUAUGAGCCAAAUUCUAGAACGUGGACCUUGUUAACUGAUUCUCCAUCAUCUAGAUUUUUACACUCCGCUUCAUUCAUAACACCUGGAAUGAUGCUUGUAUUCGGAGGGAAUACCCACAACGAUACCGCUCAUAGUUUCGGUGCUAAGUGCUACAGUGCGGAACUGCUAGCAUACGACGUAACCUGCGAUUCGUGGCAUGCUCUCGACGUCCCCAAGGACAUCCAAGGUGACCUGCCGAGGUUCGGUCAUUCGGCUGUCGUCUUCGAGAGUUCGCUCUACAUUUAUGGUGGAUUUGACGGUCAGAUGUUGUCGGACAUGAUCAAGUACACUCCUGGCGAUUGUUCCAACUUUCAUCCGUCUGACGCCUGCCUCAACGCCAAGAUAGGCGUGAAGUGCGUCUGGGACAUAGCCACCAGCAGAUGCGUCGACAUCGAGACCAAGAUGUCGGAAGUCGAGUUUUUGGGAGAGAGCGAACGCUGUCCGGUUGUUAACAGGUCCCUGAUGACCCAACGGAUCUUUCAUAAUACAGAGAGAUGCAACAGGUUCGAGGAUUGCUCUAGUUGUACUCAAACUACAAGUGAUUGCAUUUGGUGUGGUAACACAUGCAGUUACAAGGAGUGCAGGAAUACGUCCAAUACUAAAGCUCUCACCGCAGCAAGGUCCAUUGAAGAUUGUCCGAGUGAAAAUGACCUGCAGUGUCAUCGUUUACACACAUGUUCCGCUUGCAACACCCGACCAGAAUGCCGGUUCACCACCAAAUGCGUUCCGAAACCUUCCAACAGCUCUGCGGAUAUUUUCAUACCGAACGGACAGUGUAAAGUUUGCUCGGAAUUCAAUUCCUGUCUGAAUUGCACGAUUGCAGAGUGCAUAUGGUGCCAGAACGAAGGAAGAUGUGUGGACAAAAAUGCUUAUACCGCCAGUUUUCCGUACGGACAGUGUAGGGAAUGGACAACGGUGCAGACAAAAUGCAGGAGUAAAGGAAGCAAUGAAAAAUCGCAAUGCAGUUUUUAUUCGAGUUGUACGCAGUGCAGGGACGAUCCGGCAUGUGGAUGGUGUGACGACGGGUCGAAAACUGGCUUGGGGAAAUGCAUGCUAGGUGGCUUUGGUGGCCCUAUCCUCCACAUGGAAUCUCUGCCGUCGACUACAUGUCUUCCAGACCAAUGGCAUUUCACGACCUGUCCAAAAUGCCAAUGUAACGGUCAUGCCGUAUGUGUGGGAAACACAAGUGUAUGCGAACCGUGUGGCAAUUUGACCAGUGGCGAUCACUGUGAGCAUUGCAUGAAGGGCUACUGGGGAAAUCCGAUCAACGGGGGAAAAUGCAUGCCUUGCGAAUGUAACAACCACGCAACCCAUUGUCAUCCGGACACCGGAAAGUGUUAUUGUACAAUCAAAGGUUUGAACGGGGAGCAUUGUGAUAACUGUGACAAUACCAAUCAUUAUUACAAGGAUGAAUAUAACAAUGGAUCUUGUUUUUAUGAUUUGACUGUGGACUACCAAUUCACCUUCAACCUUUCCAAAAAAGAAGAGAGGCACUAUACACAAAUAAAUUUCCGUAAUACUCCAAGUAAACCUGACAUCGAUGCUGAUUUCUCGAUUCAGUGUUCCGUUCUAGCGAAGAUGAAUAUUACUGUGAGGAAGGGUACUUCGAAAGAGGAAACCCCGAUAUUCACCAAUCACAACUGCACCACAGUUCAUUACAGGUUUUCCAAGUCGGAAUAUACCUUUGGUACGGAAAACAAUACACAUACCACCUUUUAUGUGUAUGUGUACGACUUCCAGCCUCCCCUGUGGAUUCAAAUCUCCUUUUCGCAGUAUCCGAAGCUCAAUCUACAGCAGUUCUUCAUCACCUUCUCAUCCUGUUUUCUACUACUUCUGGUGAUUGCUGCUACUCUAUGGAAAAUAAAACAGAGGUAUGACGUCUAUCGUAGACGCCAAAGAUUGUUCGUUGAGAUGGAACAAAUGGCAUCCCGACCAUUUUCGCAGGUAUUUGUUGAGCUAGAUAAAAAAGAGAACCUUGAACCGGAAAAUAAAGCUAUCGUUGCCGUUGAUUGGAAACGUCGCAAAAGGGACUCUCCUAGUCCCAUCUCCCUAGAGCCUUGCUUUGGCAACCGAGCGGCAGUCCUGAGUCUUUUGAUUCGUCUACCAACUGGUGGUGACCCUUACACUGUUAAAGGUCAGUCAGCAGGCUUGGCAAUCGCGAGUGCUCUUGUGACCUUGGGGAAUCCAAGAAAACUCAGUAUUGAUCAAGUUAAGACGGAAACAAAGACAGGGAAAUCGCGUAAGUCCCUAAGUCAACACCCUGACACUCUGUAGGUACUAGACUUUCAAAGAAUAUUAAUCAAUAACAAUUAAAAUAAUUAGACAGUUGAUUAAAGAGUUACAUAUAACAAUGUUUUCGCUUCUCGAGAGAGUUCAAAAAAACUAUUAUAGUGCCCAAAAAUAAUUUGAAUAUCGAAUUUACCAUUUUUCUAAUACUACAACUUUUUUAAGGAAAACAUUUUCUAACGUCAUGGUUUUUAUCAUUCCCCAUUUCAAUGUAUAUUUCCUCUAAAUAUAUCAGAGAAUCAAACGAUAUCAAACGAAAAUUCAACAAUGAAUACUCUGUUUCUAAUCACUUGAUUCAAGUUCUUCUGAUCUAGGAGCCAACAUCCCCAAUUACAAAUUUUAGAAAUCUACCAACAGAGGAAACGGAUGAAAUCAAAAAAGCUCUUAAAAAUUUCCAUUAUGGCGCAAUAUAUGUUCGAUCUAGAACAACAGAUUUUUUUAUUAUAUUUUAUCUCAAAAUAUAUAGAAAUAUAUUUGAUAGAAGAUUUUUGGGAUAGUAUAAUAAACAUGUUCAAUCAUGGUGUUUACAUUACCUCAAUAUCAAAAUAUCGUCUUGUCAAUCAGUGUACUGAACUAAUAACAAGUUUGAAUCUCAUAAAAUUUUAUUACAAACAGUAGACGCUUAGCAUGUAUUAUUCUUCAAAAGGACAAAUAAUAUUAUUAAAUCUCAUAUUGAUUUGAGGUUAAAAUUGGUUUCAAUGGGGAACAAUUCCAAUUAUCAACAUUUAUUUAGAAUUACCUCUCCUGUUCAUUAGUUCAUUGGUAUAAUAACGUCAAUUUUGUUCUGUAAAUUUAAUCAAAUAUUUGAACUGUAUACUAUUAGGGUACAUUUUGUUUUAUUUAUACUUUCAAAAUAGUAUUCUUGUAAUCAGGAUAGGAAUGAAACAAGAUAUGGUAUUAUUUAAAGUUUGGACCUGCACGUCCUCUGGGAAACAAACUUUUUCAAUUUAUGAAUAAUAAGAGAAUAUUGUUAUUGCUUGCUUCUAGUCUGAUCGAUACGCUUUUGAUUGAGCAAACUUUUAUUCUAUUCCUAACAAUAGAUCUGAUUUAUUUAUUCUAUGAUUUAAAAUUUCAAAUCUCAGAUUUGGUAGUCAUUAAUUGUGAUGAAUUUCAAAAAAAUAAGUUUGCAAAAAGUAUUUACUAUUUAAUAUAAAAUUAGACAAUCGAUUUCAAUCUGUUGAAGUGGAAGUCGAUAAUUUAUUUUUUAAAUUCCUUUUAUAAUGUCGUUGACCAACAUAUUAUUUUCUUAGAACAUCCAAGAAAAAUCACAUUUAUUCUGGAAAAUAAUCUUUUUCAAUGAAUGAUUUAGUACAAUUAGAUAAUUUUCGAUAACAUCUAUGUGAUGCAUCUGAAUUUUAUGUUUGCAAUCGAGUUUGAAGAAAUGUCAAUUGCUAUUUUUACAUAUCUUUAUUAUAUGUGUGAUUAUAUUUCAUUAUAUCAUUGUCCAUUGAGAAACAGUUUUUCAUACAGUAAAUUUUAUUUUCUAAUUGAUAAAAAAUAUAUGAAUACUCAUUAUAUUAUCUUAUCUUCACUCAUAUGUGUAUAUAUUUUAAACAUGUAUAUAUUUUCAUUGUAUUAUCUUUUACUUAUUUAAUACUUUAUUAUUUGUUUUUCCUGGAAAAAUUAUUGUAUAAUUUGAAGUGAAGUAUUUAACACAAACAAAUACUUUGUUUCAGAAAAUAUUCUAUUAUUCUUAUACGUACGCGAACUCUGUCUUGAAAUAUUUUGAUUUUAGAACUUGAUUAAAAAAAAAUUAAUUUGAAUUUUUGAGAUGGCAAAAUGAUAAUUUCAUUAACAUUAAGGCUGAAGAUAACAAAUACAAUAAUGGAAUACUAAAAAUUUGAUGUCCACUCAUAGGUAUUCUCAUGAAAUGAUGGAAUAAAUUAAAUAUUAGAUAUAAAUAGAAUAGAUAUUAAUUCAAAUUUUAUUAACUGAAAGGUCUUGGUGGUCUUUUGUUAUAUAAAUCAAUCGAGAUUAAAUACUCAUGACUACUUUUUUAUGCAGUGCAGAUUAGUAAAAUCAAAUUUCUAGAUAUUGGUUCAGAAUUCGAUAAAAAAUAAAUAAUAUGUGUACCUAUACAAUGCUGAUAUAAUAUCAGACGUUGUAGAUUUCAAGAACAUUUCAUUUACUGGCUGAUUAGAUCAUUUUUUCAAAAUCUAAGUAUAUUUGAUUCCGUUUUUAGAUGAAAAUUUAAAUGAAGCAAUACUAGAUGUCUAGUUACCCUAGUUCAGCAAUAUUUAUUCUGAAAUCAAAGUUGUGAAUGCGAUACAAUGCAAUGAAAUGCUUGUAUUUUGUAUAAUUUGUAACGUGAAUGGUAGAAAGUUGAUGUUUAUGAAGUCUUAAAAUUCUGUCUGAUAGUUUUCGUCGGUUAUAUACGUUAAAAAUUAUAUUGAAGUAAAAAAUAUUCAUGAAUCAUUAAAAAAUCACAAAAAGAUUACUAUUCUUAAGAAAAAUUUUAAAAUUCUGUCAUGGUAGCAAUAAAAAUCGCAAAUCUGCUGAAAAAUUAGCCCAUCUCAAAAUAUUAUAAUUUCAAAACAGUCUAUCUCUAUUCUGCCAAUGUGAAUCUUUUCUAUUUAAGGGAGAAGGGGUAUGUAAAAAGUGAUAAAUUUAGUCCAACAUUCCUAAAAAAAUCUAUAAUUUUUAAUUAGUUGAAAUAUUUGUAACUGUAAAAUAUAAAGAGUAGUUAAAUUUUGAAAGAUACUAUUCUUGUUAUUUUGAGUGAGUUCCAAAGGAACAAUAUCUUAGUUUUAUCAAAAUUUUAUAUGAUUUUACUGUCAUUUAUCCAUAAUAUUUAUUGUAAAUACAAUCUAAGUUUGAGUGGUGUACUUUUAUUUCACAACAAAACAUAGUUCCAACACAUUUUAUAAAAUAUUAAUUCAAUCCCUUCAACUCAAAUGAAAUCAGUCAUUUGAUUUCUGGAAGUGAAGUAGUAUUUAAUUACUUUAGUUGACAAGAUUCCAAAAUCUUUUUCAAGUUGCUCCACAAAUAUCUAUAAAAAAAUUCAUUAAUUCUAUGAGGAAAUAUUCUCUUGAAUGUAUCCCUGUCAGAUCAUGUCAAAAAUCAAAUAUCACUCUCUUCAAAACAUUAGAACACGAAUAAUUUGAUUUAGUUUUGGAUAUGGUAUUAUCAAAAUCAUUGAGUAAAACAUGUACCUCAUUCAAGAAGAAUUUUAUGAUACAGAAAGUGGUGAUACCUAAAGGUUCUGUGGAUUCUGAAGAUACCAUUGUCAUUGAAAUACCUUCAAGAAUGCAAUCUGUUCCUAUUUUGUUGGCAAAGAGGCAAGCUCCAAAACUACAAGAAAUGAUUAACUCCAAAUGGAAUCUACAUUCUCUCAUUGAUUAUGAUAAGACAACUGUUGAUGAACAGAAAAGCUCGACUGAAAUGGAAAAUCUAAUUUCCGUUGAUGUUUGCCUUCAAACCUCUGCCUCUGAAGUGGAUAAUAGCAGAUUCAUAUUAAAUAUACUUGUAAGAAACAGCUUUCACGUCACUACUCAUGCGUAAUAGCCUAAAAUGCUACCGUGUUGAACACUGUUAGUCUAUUGCGCGUGAAUGGUUCCCUACAGAUAUAAGAAGUAAGAACGACCCUUAUAACAACAACCUUAUCUAUUGUGGGUUAAAUUUUUACAUUUUAUCAGGAAAAAAUGUAUUAAAACUAUUUUCUGGUUCGUCGAAAUUAGAGCUAAAAAAACAAUAUUUCCCUGAAAAGAAUACUUAAUGCUCGAAGGUGAUAACUUUUGAGGAAUUCAUUUGAGGUUUUAAUUCCCCGGCGUAUAUAUCAAAGAUGAAUACAUAAUAUAAUAAAUGGUCAUAUAUAUAUAUUUUUAUAGAACUAAACUAAGAUGAAUGAGGACAUUUUUUCAGGUAGGUUAUCAACGUACUUUAUAACCACCUUGAUUAUUGUUGUAAAAUCUAUGAACUGAUGAAAUUCCACAAAGUUAUGACAUUUUUGACAAUUCCCAUUAUAAAAUUUCUUUCAACAAAAUUCUCAGUAGCAUCAGCAAUUUUUUCCCAUAAAUUUACAUUAAAAACAAAACUCAAAGUGGCUCAACAAUCAAAUUUCUUCAAUCUCUUAUGAAUUACUCAAAAAAGACAACAAAAUGGAAUUUACCGAGUGCGCUUGCGAUAGCGAUUCGAUGGAUCAAGAUUACUUGAUGGAUGAAACUUGUCCAUCAAGUCUUGCAUCCGGUAGUCCAAAUGCUCCAAGAACCCCCUACAAUUUAAUGAAUGAAAGUUACCCCUCCCAACUUGUUGGAAGUCCAGGCAUGGGUCAAAGUUAUCGAAGUGGUCCAUCUAGUAGGGGGGCAAGAUCCCCCGGUAAUAUUAUGAAUGAAACUUGUCCAAGUCUUGCGUCCGGUAGUCCAAGAUCACCUUACAAUAUAAUGGAUGAAAGUUACCCCUCCCAAUUUGUUGGAAGUCCAGGCUUGAAUAUAACCUAUGACGUUACUCCAAGUAUCCCGAAAGGAGCUAGUUAUCGUGGAAAUAUUAUGAAUGAAACUUGUCCCAGUCUUGCAUCUGGUACUCCUUCGGGACCUAGAUAUCAAUUAAUGAACGAAUCACGUCCCCCUCUUGCAUCCGCCAGUCCAAUGAGUCCAAGAUAUGCAGGCAAUAUAAUGAAUGAAUCUCCUCCGAGUAUGCUAGUUGGUAGUCCAAUUGGUUUCAGAUACCCUGGCAAUAUAAUGAACGAGAGUUAUCCCACGUUUGCUUCUGGAGUUUCACCUCCCUUCAGAAGGCAGGGAAUUAGUCCUGGUCGGAAUGUUCAACAUCGCACAUUACCAUCAGGUACUUCUGAUAUAUUUGCCUCUCCAGGAAGUGAUUUUCUAGCAUCAGGAGGUUCUCUAGGUUUUGGCUCCCCGUCCUGGCCUCAAAUGUCUAACAGAUAUAUGCCAACGCCUACUGAUUCACUUCUGGUAUCUGGAGGAAGUCUAAGAGGGUCGCCUUCUCCGCCAAGGGCUGUACAAACACGUCGUACAUCUCCAGAAGCCCCAAGUCCACAGGCUCAUUCUCGAAAUCAAAUUGCCCUACCUUCUGAUUCUAAGAAGUCUUCUCCUCCUUGUCCUUGUCCUGACGAGAAAAUACAAUCGAUAACUAAAAGAAGCUUUUCACCAGCUUCGGUCAAAGAAGCGCGUAAUAACAUAUCGGAAUCCAUAGAGUCACAUUUGAAGAAGGAAGAACCUUUGGAAUUCGACGCUGUAGUUAACUCGGUCAAGAAUUAUCAAGCUUUAAGGAGACAGGUUAUGACAGGCAACCCUGGAAUUUUGGGAGAUGUGGGCCCUUACACAACUUUCCAACAGGGCGUCGGUGGCAGUAGAAUGUCUUCUCCGCAAGGGCCCUGUGGAUGAAAUAAAACUAAUAUCGAACAAAGUCAUAAAAAUAUCAAUAUUUUCGUCAAUAGGUUUCAUAUCAAGAAUCAUUGACAAUUCAAGUAGAUCCAGUUUUUCCACCUAUGGAACUGAAGUACCCUUAUAGUCUUCAUACAUCAUUGAUGAACUUUCAAGAUAGGAGACCGAGAAGUGCCCAAAUGUACUAUAGUAACAUUCACAAGUCCGUACUCAGAGAAAAACCUGCUACAUCGCCUUAUAUUGGAGUACAUUACGGUAUACAUUCAAGGUUUAUCAACGGAGAAAAAAAUGAACAUGGAAUACCUAGAUAUUCACCCCCCUACACACCACCCGACUCUUAUGAAUGGGCAAAACAUAAUUGCAACAUACAAGAGGAAAUAGCAAGUCUAUAUGAGGACACAGAAGAUUGUGACGGAGAAGAAAAAAAUGAUACCAAUAUGUAUAUAUGAAUACAAUAAACUAGCAAAAACCAUAA